UUUGUUCAGGAAGCUGCCAGAGCUGCAGCUCUCUGAAGAUGGAGGAGCUCUGCUUUCCACAACUGCUCAACACCUCCUGCAGAAAGCCCACCUCUCCUUGGGCCAACUUUGUGCUCCUUAACAUUGUGCUGUACUUUAUCUCUCUGCUCACUGUGGCUCUUAACCUCCUUGUCAUCAUCUCAGUCUCCCACUUCAGGCAGCUCCACACACCCACCAACAUCCUCCUCCUCUCUCUGGCUCUCUCAGACUUUCUCGUGGGCCUCCUGGUGAUACCGGGAGAAAUCCUGCUAAAAACAGCCUGCUGGUUUCUUGGUGACCUCAUGUGUUUGCUCUAUAAUUAUGUGUCCUUCAUCAUUACAUCUUCUUCGAUAGGAGACAUGGUGCUCAUAUCAGUCGACCGCUAUGUGGCUAUUUGUGACCCUCUGCAUUACACCACCAGAGUCACUGUGAAAAGAGUUAAACUGUGUGUGUGUCUGUGUUGGCUCUGUGCUGUUUCUUACUGCAGUCUCUUGUUAAAGGAUGACCUGACUCAACCAGGCAGGUAUAAUUCCUGCCAUGGAGAGUGUGUGAUUGUCAUUAACCACACUGCAGGAGCUGUUGACCUUGUUGUAACCUUUAUUGUUCCCAUUUCUGUCAUUGUCGUUCUGUACAUGAGAGUAUUUGUUGUGGCUGUGUCUCAGGCUCGUGCCAUGCGCUCUCACAUCACAGCUGUCACUCUCCAGCUUUCAGUGAAUCAACAAACAAAGAAAUCUGAGCUGAAAGCAGCCAGGACUCUUGGUGUUCUUGUAGUUGUGUUUCUAAUAUGUUUCUGCCCAUUUUACGGUGUCGCUCUUGCAGGUGAUGCCUUGGUCAGUACUUCAUCUGCAUCAUUUGUGUUUUAUCUGUUCUUUUUGAACUCAUGUUUUAAUCCUUUGAUCUAUGCCUUGUUUUAUUCCUGGUUUAGAAAAGCAGUUAAACUAAUUGUGAGUCUUCAGAUUCUGCAGCCUGGAUCCUGUGAGACCAACAUACUGUAG